AUGAAACAAAUAAGCGCCAAUCCAUUUUUUUUUUGUUUCCCGUUGAGAGCUUCCUUUCUCCCGCUUCUUGUAAACAUUCCUUUGCUUCUUCUUCUUCUUCUUCUUCUUCUUCUUCUUCUUCUUCUUUCUCCAUUUUCCCAUUUUUCUUUUUCUUUUCAUUUCUUUUUCGUUUCCCUUCUCGUCUUCGUACGUUUAUCAGCCCUUCUGGUACGGAUAAUUCUUAUUCUUGUUCUUUUUCUUCUUCUUCUUCUUCUUCUUCUUCUUAUUAUUAUUAUUAUUAUUAUUAUUAUUAUUAUUAUUAUUAUUCUUUUCUUCUUCUUAUUAUUGCUUCUUUUUUCUUUUUCUUCUUCUUCUUCUUAUUAUUAUUAUUAUGAUUAUUAUUUCUACUUAUUUCUUAUUAUUAUUUCUUCUUUUUCUUCUUAUUUCUUCUUUUUCUUCUUCUUCUUCUUCUUCUUGUUCUCCUUCUUCUUCUUCUUCUUCUUCUUAUUAUUAUUAUUAUUAUUAUUAUUAUUUUCAUUAUUAUCAUUUCCUUCUCCAUCUCAACUGUUUUCUCUUUUCCUUCGCAUCUUUGUUUUUCGAUUCUUCUUCUUUAGUAUAAAUUCUUCUUUUUCCUCUUUCCCAUCUUUUUUGUUUGUUUUAUUUUUGUUGAUCAUCAUCCUCGUGAUCAUUAUUCCUCUUCUUCCUCCUCUUUCUUUGUUUUUCUUCUUCUCUUUUUCGUUUUCUUCUUUUUCUAAUGCACAUUAUCCGUCCCUCAUCUUCUUCUUCUUCCCUUCUAUCACUGACAUCUUUUGUCUUUGUCCAACACUUUCUUUCUCUCUAACGGAAUUUCAGUUUUCUUCCGAUAUUCCCUUCGACUUUCUUAAUUUCUGCUUUCCACUCGUUCUUUGUUUGCUUUUGUCUUCUCAUUCUCAUUCUGAUUUUCAUUCUCAUUCUGAUUUUCAUUCUCAUUCUGUUUUUCAUUCUCAUUCUGAUUUUCAUUCUCAUUAUGAUUCUCGUUCUUAUUCUGCUUCUCAUUCUCACUCUUUUUUUGAUUCUCGUUCUAACUUCCGCCUUUCCUUUCUUUUCACAAAUAUCGUUUUCUUAAUGCUAAGUUUUGUAUUCCUUUCUUUCCUUCUUUCUUUCUUCAUUUAUUAUUUGCAUUCUUAUUAUUGA